AUAUAUAUAUAUAUAAACUGAUCAAAACAUAACCUUUUAUCUCGCUCGCUUUGCUUUUCAUCCAAAAACAGAUUCCUCUAUACAACCAUGUAUGCUAGAGGAUAUGGUAAUGAUUAUCGACCUCAUCCGGAAAUGAUGUACGCUCCGCGGAACCCAGCCUAUGGCCAAGUCGAUCGUUUUGGGCAGGUAGUUGAAGAAAUGAAAGAGAUCAAAACACUACUUAAAACAGUCGUUGAAUCUCAACACCAAAUGUCAGAGACUCUAAGACGCAGUAUUAGUACUGGGGAUGGCCAUUAUUACCGACAUGGCAAAGGAGAACAUAGAGCUGUCCGAGACUCGACAUCAUCGGGUUAUCCUAACCACCACCACCAACAGCAACAGCAGCAGCAGCACGCUUCAAUACCACUGCCAACAAAGGAUGUCGUCGGCAAUAUUAGUACUGCUACAUAUAAAUCAGCAGCAAAAAUAAAAAAGCCAUCGUUAUCAUCUGUUAAAUAUGAGGAGAUCACAGAUGUGGUGCCAACUGAUGGUAAUGGGAAGGAUCAACACCAAGUUCAACAUCGUCAAAGACAGGCCCGACUUAACAAUUCUACGGGACAGCCAGCAACCAAACAGAAGAUUGUCUCUCAAAAAAGCGUUGAGGCGAUUAACAAAAACCAUGUCUUAGAUGGAUACGAGCCGCUAUACGACGCAGCAGUAAAAGGAGACUGGGAAAAGGCUAAUGAAUUUUUUCAGAAGAAUCCAAAUGCAAAAACGGAAUUCAUCUCUGUGGAUUCAGAAACGGCUCUGCAUGUAGCUGUAAUCAAUGAUCGACUGAAGUUUGUAGAGAAGAUUGUAGAACUCAUGCCAUCGGAAGCACUAGCAUAUGCAACUAAACGGCGUGGUAAUACAGCACUUCAUUAUGCUGCCGUUCAUGGAUGCUCUAAAGUUGCUGCAGUGUUGGUCAAGAAGAACCAGCACUUGCCUCAAAUACGCGAUCAAAAAAGAAGGGUGCCCCUCGAAGUUGCUCUUCAGUCUGUUGUUGCGGGGCAAAAAGAGACAGUUGAAUAUCUUUACUCCGUGACUAAAGACGUUGGCCACCCAAGUCCAUUCGCUCCCCGGGAAGGGGCAAAGCUACUAUGCAAAGCUAUUGAUGCAAGUUUCUACGAUAUGGCAUUAUCUAUUAUCAAAAGGUUUCCGAAUUUGGCUACUGAAGUAUCAUCGUUACAUGAUGUAUGCGGUUUAGAGAUGAUGGUUCAAAGGCCAUUUGCAUUUUUAAGCGGUGCAAAGCUGACAUGGUGGCAACAAUACAUCUAUCCAUUAAUUCAGGUGGACAUGCGUCCUACACAUAAUUAUGGUGCACGGAACACUUUCAAAUGCUUAGAAGGUACCGAAAGAGAAGAAGAGAACCUUUUAGAGAGCAGCGAAGUUAUCGAAGUUCUAUUUGAAGAUAAUUGUUUAGUAAGUUCAGAAGUCUCCUCAACUGGUGAUCGUAAAGGGAGAAAGAACAUGCUCAUCUCAGCCUGUCUCGUGCCCUACAUAAGACGAGUGUAUCAUAUAAAGCACUUAUACAACCAAAAGUUGAUGCACAAGCAAGCCGUUGCAUUAGUUAAUGAAAUGUUGGGGCAACUCGAUGGAACAAUGGACAGAACUCAGAUAGUAGAUUAUUUCAAUAGAAAUCCGAACAUCAUAAAGACAGCUAUAAGGCAUGGCAAUGUAGAAUUUGUAGCACAAUGUCUUGAGAAGUUCGAUUACCUGGUAUGGUACAGUUUUGCAGGAGAAACGCUGAUACAAAUGGCUAUCGCUGAGCGAAAUAAAAUGACAUUGAAUCUCAUAUUUAAAGCUAGCGGAAAAAAUAAGACUGCCGUAGUAUCUAGAAAAGAUAAAGACAAUAAUACUAUCUUGCAUCAAGCUGCAAAGUUAGCAUCUCCUGUUCAACUUAAUCUGGUCUCUGGUUUAGCGCUCCAGAUGCAACGAGAAUUACAGUGGUUUAAGGGUGUUGAAAGCAUUAUACCCGUGGAAGACAAGUUCAAGAGGAACAAAGAUGGGAAUACAGCUCAGUAUAUAUUUGCAGAACAACACAAAACAUUGUUAGACAAAGCAGAAGAAUGGAUGAAAGAUACGUCGGGAUCGUGCAUGGUAGUGGCCGCCCUAAUUGCUACCGUAGCAUUUGCAGCAGUUUUCACCGUCCCUGGGGGCAAUAUCAGUGAUACAAAUAGUAGUAAGAAUGGUGUCCCGGUUUUUUUGGGAAAGACCCCAUUUACUAUCUUUGCAAUAGCAGAUGCCCUGGCUUUAUUCUCUUCGGUCACAUCUGUUCUUAUGUUUUUAGCGGUAUAUACUUCUCGCUAUGCUGAAGAGGAUUUUCUCAGGUCGUUGCCCCAGAAAAUGAUAAUAGGUUUGGCAACUCUCUUUAUAUCAAUGGCCACCAUAUUGGUAGCUUUCGGGGCAUCGCUAUUUCUUGUGCUCGGAGACAAAUUCACGUGGGCUCCAAUUCCUAUAGCUGUUUUUGGUUGUAUUCCAGUGACCUUGUUUGUGAAGUUACAGCUACCAUUGUUUGUUGAAAUGGUUCAUUCAACAUAUUGGGGCAGUCUCUUUCGGAAAUAUAAACAUAUCCAAGCAGUAAUUAUGAAUAACAAUAACUAUAAGGAGGACUGAAUCGAUAAACAAUUCAAUCCUAUAUUGUUUCAUGGAUCUUGAACAGUACUGUUCAAGUUAUUAAUCUGCUUAUAGCUAUAUUUCUUUUCUGUAUUUUGUGUUACCAAACAAAUAUUUACG